AAAUGUAGGAGCCCCAAGCUGUCAUUCGGUGUUCAUUUGUUGAGUCUUGACUUUCCUGUGGUUACACAUUUCCUUGCGUCUUGAUGAAACAGAUUGCGUUUGUGAAAUGCUGAAACACAUUAGGUCAUCCGUCCUUACAUGUCUAGGAAUGGCAGUUUCCACUCCCAGUUUGUACAUCAGAGAAUCAGAGUGAAAACAGAGCUGCUAAGGCAGGGGGCCUGCAGUAGUUUGGAUCUAUUAAAAUGGGACUGAAUUUGAUAGAAGUUUGGGUGCCAGUUUUACUUCUAGUUUCCAUAGCUGCGGGCUCUAACAUUUGCACUUCCAAAGGAGUGAGUACCUGUAAAGAAUGUUUGUCGAUACAUCCGACCUGUGCCUGGUGCGCUCAGGAGAUCUUUGGAAAGGGAGGCUCGAGUUUGUCCCGUUGUGAUCUCAGAGACAGUCUCAUUCAGUCUGGUUGUGGCGUGAAGUUUAUUGAGUUUCCAGUAAGCAGCAUGAGGAUAUUAGAGGACGUACCCUUGAGCGACAAGGCAGGGGGUUCAGAUGAUAUCACUCAGAUCCAACCACAAAAAAUCCACCUGACCCUCAGGCCAGACGAUUCAAAGAAAUUCACAGUCACUGUGAAGCAAGCAGCUGAUUACCCAGUGGACCUGUACUACCUGAUGGAUAUGACCAAUACAAUGAAGGACGACCUGCAGAAGCUUUAUACACUGGGCAAUGGUCUGGCCAGUGCUUUACGGGGUGUCACCAGUAAUCUGCGCAUGGGAUUUGGAGCUUUUGUAGACAAACCGCUCUCACCUUACAUGUACAUUUACCCUGAAGAAGUCAUCCAGAAUCCUUGUUAUAAGUUUCCUGAACCCUGCCCACCGCAGUUCGGCUAUCGUAACGUACUGUCUCUGACGGAGCAGGUAGAGCGCUUCACAGAGGAAGUGAAGAAGCAGAAAGUGUCCAGAAACAGAGAUGCCCCUGAGGGUGGAUUUGAUGCUAUCAUGCAAGCAGUAGUAUGCAAGGACAAAAUUGGAUGGAGGCCUGAUGCAUCUCAUUUGCUGAUCUUCACAAGUGAUGACCGAAGUCACUUGGCUUUGGAUGCCAGGCUGGCUGGAAUCGUCCAGCCCCAUGAUGGAGAGUGCCAUAUCAACCACAACAAUGAAUAUGACAAGUCCACUAUACUGGACUAUCCUUCACUUGGUAUGAUCACGGACAAAUUAUCUGAGAAUAACAUCAACCUCAUCUUUGCUGUAACCAGUUCUAUGGUGCAACUAUAUCGCAACUACAGUGAACUGAUUCCUGGCUCUGCGGUCGGAACGCUCUCUAGAGACUCUGGAAACGUUGUGCAGCUCAUUCUGGAUGCAUAUGCGAAGAUCAGGUCUAAGGUUGAGCUGGAGCUGCUGGGUGUGCCGGAUGAGUUAUCUCUGUUCAUCAACGCAACAUGCCUGGGUGGAGAGGUCAUUGCUGGCGUCAAGUCUUGCGCUGGACUCAAAAUUGGAGAUAUGGUUUCAUUUAGCAUUGAGGCAAAACUUCACAGCUGCCCCAAAGAGAAGAGCCGGACCUUCAUGGUGAAGCCAAUGGGCUUUAAAGACACCCUCCAGGUGACUGUGGACUUUGCUUGUGAAUGUAACUGUCAGCAGUCCUCCGUGCCCGCCAGCCCAUCCUGUCACCAUGGGAACGGUACCCUGGAGUGUGGCGUGUGCCUGUGCGACCCGGGCCGACUGGGCUCUCGCUGUGAGUGCGCCGAGGGUGAAUAUAAACCCACCCAACAAGACAGAUGCAGCCCUGACCCAGCAGCGCCAGUUUGUAGUGGGCGCGGAGACUGUGUGUGCAGCCAGUGUGCCUGUCGCUCCAGUAAUUUUGGGAAGGUUUGGGGCCCGUACUGUGAAUGUGAUGACUUCAGCUGCCUCCGUUCCAAAGGACAAAUAUGUUCAGGUAAUGGCGAGUGCAACUGUGGCACCUGUCACUGUAGCCCUGGAUGGUCCGGCGAGAGCUGUGACUGUUCGACCCGCACAGACGCCUGCAUGGGGAGCGGAGGAAUGCUGUGUAGUGGCCGUGGCCACUGUGUGUGUGGCGUCUGUGAGUGCACACAGCUAGGAGCCUAUGGAUCAACCUGUGAGAAGUGUCCCACCUGCCCAGACGCCUGCACAAUCAAAAAGGAGUGUGUGGAGUGUAAACAUUAUAAGAGAGGGGAUCUGUAUGAGAAGAACUGCAAUCACGUCUGCAGAGAUGAGAUUGUGCUGGUGGAUGAGCUGGUCUUUCAUGAGAAGAACUCGGUGAACUGCAGCUACAAGGAUGAGGACGACUGCGUUCAGAACUUCCAGUAUUAUGAGGAUGCCAGUGGAAAAUCCUUCCUCUAUCUUGUUAAAGAACCAGAUUGCCCUAAGGGUCCUGAUGCCUUGGUGGUCUCUCUUUCGGUCACCGGUGCAAUCCUGCUGCUGGGACUGGCUGCCCUCUUGGUGUGGAAGCUUCUGGUCAGCAUUCAUGACCGUCAUGAAUUUGCCAAGUUUCAGGAGGAAAAAGCCAGGGCUAAGUGGGAAGCGGCUAAUAAUCCACUCUACAAAGGAGCCACCAGCACCUUCCAAAACGUAGCAUAUCGUGGCAGUUAAGAAUGACACCACCUCUGCUCCACCUCUGCAUAAUAUUUUUUGAAAUAUUAUUAGAGAAUAAAAAAAAAAAAACACUACUGUUCAAAUAUUUGGGGUCAGUAUGUGUUUUAUAUACUUUUAUUUUAAAUAUUUAAAUUAAAAUUACAAAAUGUCCCUUUUUUUUUGGAGGCAGCCUUGGUAAGCAUAAGCAUAAGAGACUUCUUCUUUCAAAAACAUAGAAAAUUUUUCUGACCCAAAACGUUUGAACAGCAGUGUAUAUUUUGGCCAAUGAAACCUAUUUUUACCUGUUAUUUCUCUAUUGUUGUAAUGUAAAUAUUGUAAUAAUAAGAAUAUUCUUUAAUUUUAUAAGAUGAGAAAUGCAGAGCAGGAUUAAUAGGAGUGACAGUUAUAGUUACAGUGUAAACAUGUUCAAUGAGACUUCAGUUACAAUUUUUAAUAAUUCAUUUUUUUUAAUAAGUAAAUUUUUCCACUUACAGCACUGUUAUUUUUACAUUUUCAUUUUCCUGAUGAUAUAACUAUUUAAUAACAACAACAACAACAACAGUAAAUGUUCUUUUAUAUGUGUUACACAUAAAGUUUUUAUUUAAUUUUAUUCAUUAUGAAACUUGACAAUGCUGUUAUGCUGUUAUGGGACUGGUGUGACUUUAAAAAUGUUCUGUUCUUACUGUACAUUCCUUUGCACUGCUGGUAUUCACUUGCUGCAUUUUAAAGUAUUUUUAAACUUGCA